AAAGUCUCACACUUUCUAGAUGUGAAUGUCUUCAUGUAUUUCAUUUCAGAACACAUUUGGCUGGUGGGACGUUUGAGGGCUGGUUUUGGUGGAUCUGCUGCUGGUUUAGGGGAAAAGGGGGAUCUCACAGUUCAUUUCGUCAACAUGGGGUCUGCCUCCUCCUCUUACUCUCCCAAAACCAUAUAUUUGGAUGUAGACGGCAAAGUGCAGAAGGUGCUUUUCAGCCGUCACUGCAGCCCAUGUGAUAUCAAAGAACUGCUGUGUUCCUCCUCCAACAUCCCCAGGAACACUGCAAUAAUGAUGACAGACCCUGAAGGUGCCAUCGUAUCCAUUGAUCCCACCAUGCCCACCAACAACCCCAACUUCCUGUAUAAAAUCAUUCCCUUGUCUGCCAGCCAACUGGGAGAAAAGGAAGACAUGUUUCAGAAUGUGCUCUCACAGGUAGCAGAGCAGUUCAGCAGAGCAUUCAGGAUCAACGAACUGAAAUCGGAAGUGACCAACAGACUGGCUAUGCUGGAGAAGAGAGUAGAACUGGAGGGGUUGAAGGUCGUGGAGAUCGAAAAGUGCAAAAAUGACCUGAAGAAGCUGCGAGGUGAGAUGACAUCCAGAGCUGGAGCAAGAGUGAAUUGUCCAUGCAAAUACAACUUCUCCGACGACGGGAAGAAAUUAACUCCCAGACGCGACAUCCCCAGCUAUCCAAAGUACACACUUUCUCAGGAGACCAUUGAAGCGCUCAAGAAACCAACCUUUGAUGUUUGGCACUGGGAGCACAAUGAAAUGCUGAGCUGCCUGGAGUACAUGUACCACGACUUAGGCCUCGUGAAGGAGUUUAACAUAAACCCGAUUACUCUCAAACGCUGGCUGCUGGGCAUUCAGGAAAAUUACCGAAGCAACCCGUUCCAUAAUUUCCGUCAUUGUUUCUGCGUGAGUCAGAUGAUGUACGGCAUGAUCCACCUCUGCAACCUCCAGGAAAAGCUCACACUGACAGAUCUGGGCAUUUUAAUGACUGCUGCCGUGUGUCACGACUUAGACCACCCUGGAUACAACAACACGUACCAGAUCAAUGCCCGCACUGAGUUGGCGGUGCGCUAUAAUGACAUCUCGCCUCUAGAGAAUCACCACUGCGCUGUGGCCUUCCAGAUACUCUCUCUGCCAGAGUGUAAUAUAUUUGCCAAUGUGGAGCCGGAGGCCUUUAAACAGAUUCGCCAGGCAAUCAUCAUGCUGAUUCUGGCCACAGACAUGGCCCGGCAUGGUGAGAUUCUGGACUCGUUCAAGCACAAAGUGGACCAUUUUGACUUUACCAAUGACGAACAUGUGACUUGUCUGAAGAUGCUCCUUAUCAAAUGCUGUGACAUUUCCAAUGAAGUGCGGCCGACGGAGGUGGCCGAGCCGUGGGUGGACUGUCUGCUGGAGGAAUACUUCAUGCAGAGCGAUAGAGAGAAAUCUGAGGGGCUUCCUGUAGCUGCCUUCAUGGACAGAGAGAAAGUCACCAAGCCCACAGCACAGAUCGGCUUCAUUAAAUUUGUCCUCAUCCCUAUGUUUGAAACGGUCAUGAAGCUCUUCCCUCAGAUUGAAGAGAUUAUGGUGCAGCCUCUCAGAGAUUCGCGUGACCACUAUGAGGAGCUGAAGCAAAUCGAUGAUGCCAUGACCGAGACACAGAAGAAGAAAACGGAAAGCAUGUCAUUAGGCGGGAAAAAGAAAUAAGCACUGCUGUGAGCAUUAAACUGAGUGUCAUUUAAAUCCGUCUGCAAGGUGUGGGCCAAGAUCUGCUGUGAGGAUCUGUAAGACCCUGGACCGGUGUUCUAGUCGGAUGGUUUGAGUCCACUGAAUCUUAAGGGUCACCUGAUUGACAAGAAAUCACGAGGCACUUCCUAUUACCAAGAGGAUGUUAGGCUGGUCUGAUUCUCUCUUUUUCAAAUCAAUCAGUUUUUAAGCCUUUUGGCUAGUAUAUAUUCUUUGAUCUUUGUUCUCUUUACAGUGUUCAUUGAAAAAAAAAAAAAUUUCUAUCACAUGUACAUACUGUAGUUUGUAGUCAUCUGAAAGGUUUGUUGUCCCAAAGCAAUUAUGGUACUGGAUUACAGUGUGACGUAUAACCAAAUAACUAGUGCCUUUUAAAAAUGUUUUGAUGAUUAUAAAAGGUCAACCUGA